CGGACAGGUCUCUCCUUUCGCGGGAAGCUUCGACCCCGGCGAAGUUCGCGAGCUUGGCGGAACACGCGAACCGACACACAGGCUCGCUGAUCGCGACUCUCUUUACAUGAAUGCACGCCCAGCAGAUGCGAGCUCUACGGAAGGUCUAGCUGGGCUGCACCUGGUCUGGCCCCACCUCACCUGAGUGCCUUGCCAAGACCAAGCCGGCAUCCAUCUCUGUUCCAUCUCAAAGCUCAAGGUCCAGAAAACACGCUUACCCCACCUUUGGACGUCGAAGCCUGGGAGAUCAAAUAUAGAUUAGAAUAAAACCCCACCUAUCUUAGGUAUUUUGGAUGGGGAAGUUAGGAAUUACAAAGCAAUUACAUUCUAGACAGUUUCAAUUCUUUACCUAAAUAACGGGAGCACUGGUUAUUAAAAACCAAAUGUAGCAACAUAUCUGGACUAUUUGUAAAUUUUAGGGAGACUAAAGAGCUGAAAGUUACUAAGAGUUUAUUAAUACUACUAAUAACGACCAACUAAAGUUCUAAGAACUUUUAGCCCGCUUAACAAUUCCAUAAAGUACGGACAAUUUUAAAGACGAGGAAACGGGAUCAGAGAAGGAGGACCUAGAGAUUCUGCCUCUAAUUCAGUGGCUGUCAACACAUGUUCCAUCCCUUGAGAGGUUGUUGUCUGUGUGUGUUGGGGGUGAGUAGGAAACUACUCGAAGGCAGGAACCUUGUCAAUAUUGUUCACCGCUGUAUCCUCAGCACCUAAAAACUACCUGUCGCAGCAAUGAAUAAGUGGAAUGAAUGAAUACCUGAGGACUGUCUUCUUGGGGAGCACUCUGGCUUAGAAAUAGAUAACAGUUUGUCAAGCAAAAGCACGUUAACAGCGUUUUUUAUCUGACUGCUGAAUUGUUGGCCUCCUACUAAUCUCUGGAGUAGACAAUCACAGGAUCCCCGGCGAGCCCAGGCGCGAAAACCUAAACCCGCAAGACCAUUCCACGGCUGUCGGCGUGCAACUGCGGCUGCGCGGAGCGUCGGGAGGGGCGUGGCCAACCCCUUUCUCCGGAAGUGGGUCCAGAGCCGGCGAGAGGAUGCGGCGGGCGGGCUAGAGCGGCGCCGGCCGGGCGGGUGGGGCGACCGGAUCAUGGAGGCCGAGCAGAGCUUCUCAGAUAUCUGCGGCGGUCGCCUGGCUCUGCAGUGCCGCUACUACUCCCCAUCCUGCCGGGAGUUCUGCGUCAGCUGCCCUCGGCUUUCGUUGCGCUCGCUCACCGCUGUCACCUGCACCGUGUGGCUAGCGGCCUACGGACUCUUCACCCUGUGCGAGAACAGCAUGAUCCUCUCUGCUGCCAUCUUCAUCACCCUCUUAGGCCUGCUUGGUUACCUCCAUUUUGUGAAGAUUGAUCAGGAGACUCUCUUAAUCAUUGAUUCCCUUGGCAUCCAGAUGACUUCAUCUUAUGCCUCAGGCAAAGAAAGUACCACCUUCAUUGAGAUGGGCAAGGUGAAGGAUCUUGUCAUUAAUGAGGCUAUUUACAUGCAGAAGGUCAUUUACUACCUCUGCAUUUUAUUGAAGGAUCCAGUGGAACCACAUGGGAUAUCUCAAGUAGUACCUGUCUUCCAGAGUGCCAAGCCCCGGCUGGACUGCUUGAUUGAAGUCUACAGGAGCUGCCAGGAGAUCCUGGCACACCAGAAAGCCACCUCAGCAAGCCCGUGAGUCCCAGCAUUCAGAAGGCCAGUAUUGUCUUCCAUGGGAGAUGACUCCUAAGCCAUAGUGGCUGGUUUAUUUUCUGUAUUCUAAGCCAUCAGAUGGACACAGUCCUAGGAACCAGUAUGGAUGCAGUGGAUCUCAGAACCAUAGAGAAGGUGACUGGAAACCUAAUUCACUGUGUGAUGUUGAGCCAAGUAUUUAUUUGUAUUUUAGCGUUCCCCUUAUAAGGUUUUGCCUACCUUACCAACUGAGGAGAGACCUUAUGAAAGGAUAUGUCAAAAGUAAUGUUCACAAAGCACUUUGUAAAAUUCCUAAGCACAUUCAGGUUUACUUUCUGUUUAAAUUUGUGGAACAAGACAAUGGGAAACUGAUAUCAGAUCUCUUGAGAAAGAUAAUUUCCAACUGCCUAGUACCUCUGUAUAGAAGUUAAGAAAAAAAGUUCUUCGGGUACUGGUUAGCAGGAAAAAGUAUCCUACAAGAGACUAGUCUCUGGCCACCCAGCUCCUGUUUUCUGUACAGGGUUAAUUUAUGACAACUUUCUUAAUAAACAGAUCUCCUUCCAAAACAUACACGAUAAUUGCCUGAUUCACAGACAGCUGCUUUUUAUUGACAAACAUGAAGGUAGCAUUUCAGUCCUGGGUGUCAAGCACAUUAAUACCCUUCCGUUACGCUGCAUUGUCUGUGGUUUCAAAAACUUCUUUUGCCAAGAGGGAUGAGACAAAAGGCCAGACAGAAAUUCAACUUUGGUUUCCAGACACGUUAAAGAAGGAUACACACACAAACUACAGAAGGCUUUGUUUAUAAGGCAGUUUCUUCUGUAUAAAAUUAAUAAACUUUUAAGGGAGGAUUCCUGAAGGGUUGGGAAGGAGAUAGGGUGAGGGAAAUAGCUUAACCCCCAAAUUCAGUAUGAACACAGCUCCAUCCUCACUUUUUUGUGGGGAUCAUAUAUUUUUUUAAAACUCCCAGGUAGAUAACAUCCUCAUUGACCAUAGGGACAUUCAGGAUGUUACAAAACCAGAGCUGUAAUUUCUGCCUUUUACACCAGCCCCAGAGGGGUUAUUGAGGAACCUGUGGGACAUGUGACAUGUGACUUGUUCGAGGUAGAAAUGUCUCAGCUAGAUCCCAAAUCCUGGGUGGAGGGCAGGAACAGAAAUGGGAGAUAGCUGUAAAACUGCCAGCCUUGCAAAGUCAAGUUCAUUUAAAAGAGGCAGACACUCUGUUGUGCUUUUUUUCAUCAUGCUUGUCAGUUUAAAGAGUGAGCGGGGACACUUACAGCAGCUGAGGUGUUCAGAUAAACUAGUUCCAGCCUUGCAGUUUUUGCAGUGUGCAACACACACACACACUUUGUUGGGGUUAAAGGCUUGCUUCUUGUAUGCUAAACUCAUACAGUUUUCAGCACUGUAUUGACAAAUGGUAAGACUGCCUUAGGGCUAUGAAAUAAAACAGUUUCUCCAA